GGCCUUUCCGACAAGGACUGGUCGAAUCAGGCAGUAGGGCAGGCAGCUUGAAUUGAGGCGCUCGUGCAGUUCCAUCAUGGCGGUCGCGGUGCGCGCCGCGGGCGCCCUCUCUGCACUGUGCGGUGUGCCGGCGGGUCAUUUAUGGUCCAGGAACCUUUACCUAAAGAGCUUUUCUAAAGCUUCUGCUUUGGCAUUGAAGCCUGCUUUCUGCAAUGGCCUGUUAUCAUCUCCAGGAACCACAGACAGCCAUCAUUUGACUAGCUUGACCCAUGCGCUACAGAGACAGUGCUUCAUUUCUUCUCCAAGUAACUUAAUGGUCCAGCAGUACAGAUCAUAUAGUUUUUUCACCACAUUGACUGCAGAUGAACUGUGGAAAGGUGCUUUAGCAGAGACUGGUGCUGGAGCAAGAAAGGGGAGAGGCAAAAGGACCAAAAAAAAGAGAAGAAAGAAUUUGAACAGGGGUCAGAUAAUUGGUGAAGGUCGUCGUGGUUUCCUAUGGCCUGGUCUGAAUGUCCCUGUUAUGAGAAAUGGAGUCAUACAGACCAUUGCCCAAAGAAGUAAAGAAGAGCAGGAAAAGGUAGAAGCUAAUAUGGUCCAGCAGAGAGAAGAGUGGGAUCGGAAGAAGAAGAUGAAGGUUAAACGAGAAAGAGGAUGGAGUGGAAAUUCGUGGGAAGGUGUCAGUCUUGGUCCUCCUGACCCUGGUCCUAAUGGAGAAACAUACGAAGAUUUUGAUACCAGGGUACUUGAGGUUAGAAAUGUUUUCAACAUGACAGCAAAAGAGGGAAGGAAGAGAUCAGUUCGUGUCCUGGUUGCUGUGGGGAAUGGCAAAGGAGCUGCAGGUUUUGCCAUUGGGAAGGCCACUGAUCGGAUGGAUGCUUUCAGGAAAGCAAAGAACAGAGCAAUUCACUAUUUGCACUAUGUAGAACGAUAUGAAGACCAUACAAUUUUUCAUGACAUUUCAUUAACAUUUAAAAGAACGCAUAUCAAAAUGAAGAAACAACCCAAAGGUUACGGUCUCCGCUGCCACCGGGCAAUUAUCACCAUCUGUAGGCUCAUUGGCAUCAAAGACAUGUAUGCCAGGGUUACUGGCCCUAUGAAUAUGCUCAACCUCACUCGAGGUUUCUUCCAUGGGCUCUCUCACCAGGAAACGCAUCAAAAACUGGCUGAUAAGAAGAGUCUCCAUGUUGUAGAAUUCCGGAAGGAAUGUGGGCCUCUGCCCAUUGUGGUUGCCUCGCCUCAGGGAGCCUUGAGAAAGGAUCCAGAGCCAGAAGAUGAGAUUCUAGAUGUCAGACUGGACUGGGAUGAAGUGAAGGCCCAACAGGGAAUGAAGCGCUCUGUGUGGUCAGGUGUAAAGAGAGCUGCCACAUAGCCUCCAUUUGGUGCACUGUCUACUUCUGUUCAGCAUCUAAAAGAGAGUCAAAUCCUUUUGAAAAGAUGGCUAAUCUUAGCCUCUUUAUUUACAAAUAAUAAAGAAUUACAGCUUUAA